GCCGCGAUGGAGGAGGACAUGGGCAGCAUGCAGCAGAAGGCUGCUGAGCUGGAGCACAUGGCCGAAGUCUUGCUCACUGGAGAGCAGUUACGCCUCAGACUGCAUGAAGAAAAGAUAAAAGAUCGAAGGCAUCAUCUCAAGACAUAUCCAAACUUUGUUGCCAAAGAAUUGAUUGACUGGAUGAUUGAUCACAAAGAGGCCUCAGACAGAGAGACAGCAAUUAAACUUGUGCAGAAAUUAUUGAAUUGCAGCAUUAUCCAUCAUGUUUGUGAUGAGCAUAAGGAAUUCAAGGAUGUCAAACUUUUCUACCGCUUUAGGAAAGAUGAUGGAACAUUCCCACUGGAUAACGAGGUGAAGGUGUUCAUGAGAGGACAGAGGCUAUAUGAAAAGCUGAUGAAUUCUGAGAACACACUUUUACUAGCCAGGGAAGAGGAGAGUGUCAAGUAUGAACGGACCUUCAUGGCAUCUGAGUUUAUUGAGUGGCUGAUCCAGGAAGGAGAAGUCACAACAAGGACUGAGGCAGAACAACUUGGCCGUAGACUGUUGGAGCAUGGAAUUAUACAGCACGUGUCCAACAAGCACCAUUUUAUGGAUAGCAACCUGCUGUACCAGUUCAGAAUGAAUUUCCGCCGGCGACGGAGGCUGAUGGAGUUGCUCCCUGAGAAAUCCCGUUUGAUGCCAGAAAGUCAUGACAGUCCCUUUUGCCUGCGCAAGCAGAACCAUGACAACAGAAAGCACACCAGUUUUCAGUCAGUGAGUCCCACCAAGGAGAUAAAGAUCGUAUCAGCCGUAAGAAGGAGUAGCUUAAGCAGUUGUGGCAGUAGUGGUUACUUCAGCAGCAGCCCUACCCUCAGCAGCAGUCCCCCAGUAUUAUGCAACCCAAAAUCUGUAUUAAAGAGACCAGUGACUUCUGAUGAACUCUUGAUGCCUGGAGCCCCAUAUGCAAGAAAAACAUUCACAGUUGUCGGUGAUGCUGUUGGGUGGGGUUUUGUUGUGCGGGGGAGCAAGCCAUGCCAUAUUCAGGCUGUGGAUCCCAGUGGCCCUGCAGCUGCGGCAGGAAUGAAGGUCUGUCAGUUUGUGGUUUCUGUGAAUGGACUCAAUGUUCUCCAUGUGGACUACAGGACAGUGAGCAAUCUCAUUCUGACUGGCCCUCGAACUAUUGUCAUGGAAGUGAUGGAGGAAUUAGACUCCUGAGAAGGAAAUUUCCUCACUGGAAGCUGUGAAUAGAAAUAGAAGAACCAAUGCAAAGCCAAACAACACAAGAGGGCGAAACCUUGCCUUGUCUAACUAGAUUAUUUUGUCUUUCAGGUGCUUUCCCCUUCAGUUUAACAAUCGUAGCUGUGAUUUAUAUGCUAAGAAGUGAACAGUAUAUACCAUUAUAUUAUCAUUUAGGACCUGAUCCUGCAAACUGUUCUGCUGAAGACAAGGACCAGGUCUUUAGUUGUCAAUCCAGCUGUAUCUGUUGGGAUGGUAUCUUACUUAAAAGGCUGCACGUAACUUCCCUUGCCAUUCAACCAUGUGAUCACAAUACUUGAAAAGAGGAAUGUUUGGUAAGGACUUUCCAUAUGGUUGGCAUGGCAUAUGAAUGUUAGUGUACUCCCCUCCGUGUAAUAUAGGUGUGUCCAAAGUGUGCCCCCAGGAGAGCAGCUGCCUGCUACUGCUCCCUCUCUCUAAUCACAGAGCAAAGAGAAAGGUGAUCAACUUCAGGCGUUUAUUGUCAGGGAAUUCAAACAAAUAGCAGACAACAUUAAAAUUCGUAGAUAUUAAAAAAAGUGUGUGCCUUUCUGUGGAAUGCACUGAGUUUCCAGAGAUGGGUAGCCCUAUAAAAACCUGCAGCAAUUGUUCUACGAAGGAAAAUACAAGAACACACAAAUGUUAUGGAGAUGUGCAUUAAUUUUUCAUUUUGAAAAUAUGGCCUUUGAAAACCAGACCUCUUAUCUAGAUGUCUAAGUACAGAUUUAGGAGCCCAAGUUUGAAAAUUUUGGGUCUAUAUACCUUCUGUCUAAACUACAUGUGGCUCUUAGUCUCCUGGUAACUUGUUGAUGUGGUUCUUUUCACAAAGUUUGGAUAUCCCUGAUAUCAGAAGAAUGAUAACAUGUUAGAGAGCCGAAGUCAGAGAAUCACAAUGUUAGCAUUAGCAUUGAAAUAUUUAGUAGCUCGGAUAUGGUACAGUACACUUCAAAUUGAAGCAAUGCACUUGAAUGUGUCUUUGAUUAUCAGCAUUUUCAAAUCAUUAAAUGCUUGAAAACUGCAGAUGCAUCACAUAAUUUUCAUCUGAUGCAUUAAUAACACAUUGUAUUAAACUGACUCUUCCUCAUUUUAAAACCGAGCAGGAAUUUUUGUUGAUGAACUUGUGAAAAAAUAUUUGUAAAAUGUAUAGUUGAAUGAUAUACUUUACUGAAUCUAAAUUGCUUCUCAACUCUGUGAUAUCUAGAGUGCCAUAGGUCUCUCAAACUGAGAUUAAUUGAAUGUAUACAGUCUUGUUCACAAAACAUAAAUAUGUAUAUCUAUAGAUUGUAGGCAUUCUGGUACUGUUCAGUUUAUAUACAGUAACACUUUUUAAAUUAAAAAAAUGAAUGCUUGAUCUUCAGUGCGAGAAUACCCAAAAGAGUUAACUACCUAUUUUUGGUAUUUUUCCCUACUAAGAGCGUUGACUAUGUUUAUAUUAAGGAAUUGGCCUCAUCACACAUUCUUCUUGCAAUAUGAUUUUCACUCACUCAGAUAUUUGCACAGGCUUGAUCAAAGGAGUGGUAAGACUGAGAUUAUAUGAGCUUGCAACAUCAUAAGUGAAAUUGUAUGUUUGCUUAUUUUCUAAGUAUGGCCAAAAAACUGUAUUUUAUGACUUACUCACAAUAAAAAUUCCUCAUAAUUCCUUCAUGUUUACCAGUGCAAGAAGAUCUUAAAUGCAGCUGAGAAUACUAUCCCUAUACUAACCCGGGGGGGGGGGUUAGGGGGAGAUUCUUUUAACGUGUCACUUUGUAUCACAGUUGCUUAUCCUUAUAUUAACAUAGCUGAAGAAUGCUUGUACACAUCUAGCAUCUCCAUCAGACCUCACUAAUGUAUUGGUAGUUCCAUAAUUGCUAAGUGCAAUUAAAAUAAAUAGGUUGCUGCAAAAGGGUUCAAACAUACUAAAAUUUCCAUACUGCAUAAUGUUAUGUGAUAUGGCAUUAAUGUAGAGCAUUUAGGGCUUUGGUCAGCUUCAAAUGAACUUGAUUAAAAGGAGUAGGAUAAAGUCCCAGAGAAAUUGCUAGUGUGAUAUAAUAGCUGCGAUUCGUUGUUUAUAGGAAGGGUAAUGUUUCCCCAAAUACUUCUAAUUUGUUAUAUCCUUUACUUCUCUUUAAAUCUAAUUUCUAAAUAUUAGGAUGGGUUAACUAUUAAAAUACGAAGGGUUCUUUUACAGACAAUGACUAGCAUUUUGCUAAUAUCAGCAUGGCACUUGUAUUUUAUGUCUCUUGAUGUAGUUAAUAUGUUGCUACCACUUCCCUGUAUCCUUCAGGCAAUUAUGAAACUGGUUCAGAAUUUAGCUUCAUAGUGAAAUACAGAGAGCUCUUGAGACCUUAGCAAGAAGUGAAUGCAGUGGGGAAGAAGGGGAGCUUUGUGCAUAUCAUUAUAGAAUACAGCAUUUUGAUUCAUGAGAUACAUUCGUUUCUGUUGCAAUUUGAAUGCCCUUACUUGCCUGCCAUUUAAUGGCAAUUUCCAUAUUGUUUUCUGAUCCAGAUUUGAAUAACUUCUUUCCCUUUUCUUUGUUGCUGAGAUGUUUAAAAUUAUCUACAUAUUUGAGCUGUGCAAUUUCUUAAAGCUAUUUGUGAGAUUUUUAAAAUCAUAACUAUGAUAUGUAUCAUCUCAGAUUAGAAUGUGAUCUAGCUACACACUGAUGUGUUUCACAUCACAUUCCCCGUCAGUACAUGGCCCAUGCUGGGGAAGCUAAUGAUCCAACCAGCGGACCAAAUUCGGUGAUGAAUCCUGGUCACGUGCCACCUGAGACAUGUUGCGCAAUUGCACAUACGCUAAGAAAAAGACUCACACUGAGUGACAUCCUGGCCCCAUUGAAGUCAAUGGCAAACUCACAUUGACUUCAAUGGGGCCAGGAUUUCACGCAUUAUAUAAAACCUUUCUCCAUGUGACGUAUCCUUGAAAUCGAUGGGAUUAUGGAACUGGCAAACAUGAGUGAGACUAUCACAGUCUGGCCCACAGCAACUAACAUGGAAUGAAAAGACAGAGGGGCAGAUUGUCACUUGGUGUAAACCAGUUGAAGUCAAUGGAAGGGAAUGGAGCAGAGACAAUUUAUGCCAGCUGAGGAUCAGUCCCAUUGUAUCCAGCAGUGAUGCUCAAUAUUGUCAGUUACUAGGGGAACCUCAUAAGCCUUACUGUGAAAUACUGAGAUAUCUCAUGCAAACACAAAUUUGCCCAACGAGCUAAAAUGAAGGUCUUAUAAAUCUUGUGCGAUUUAGGGUAUGGCUACACUACAAAGUUAGGUCGAUUUUAUAGAAGUCUGUUUUUUAGAAAUUGAUUUUAUACAGUCAAUUGUGUAUGUCUCCACUAAGCACAUUAAAUCAGCGGAGUGUGUCCUCACUACCGUGGCUAGCAUCAACUUACGGAGCGAUGCACUGUGGGUAGCUAUCCCACAGUUCCUGCAGUCUCCGCUGCCCAUUGGAAUUCCGGGUUAAGCUCCGAAUGCCUGAUGGGGCAAAAACAUUUUUGAGGGUGGUUUUGGGUACAUGUCAUCAGUCAUCCCUCCCUCCCUCCAUGAAAGCAACACAGACAAUCGUUUCGUGCCUUUUUUCCUGGAUUACCCAUGCAGACGCCAUACCACAGCAAGCAUGGAGCCCGCUCAGCUCACCACUACUGUUGUGAGCAUUGUAAACACCUCGUGCAUUAUCCUGAAAUAUGUGCAGGACCAGGCUAAGAGACGCCAGCAUGAGGACGAUUGUGAUGAAGACAUGGACACAGACGUUCCUGAAAGCAUGGGCUGUGGCAGAUGGGACAUCAUGGUGGCAGUGGGACUGGUUGAUACAGUGGAAUGGCAAUUCUGGGCCUGGCAAACAAGCACAGACUGGUGGGACUGCACAGUGUUGCAGGUAUGGGAUGAUUCACAGCGGCUGCAAAACUUUCGCAUAAGUAAGACCACUUUCCUUGAACUUUGUGAGUUGCUUUCCCCCACCCUGAAGCGCAGGAAUACCAAGAUGAGAGCUGUCCUGACAGUUGAGAAGCGAGUGGCGAUAGCUCUGUGGAAGCUUGCAACGCCUAACUGCUACUGGUCAGUCGGGAAUCAGUUUGGAGUGGGCAAGUCUACUGUGGGGCUGCUGUGAUCCAAGUAGCCAAUGCAAUCACUGACGUUCUGCUAUCAAGGGUAGUGACUCUGGGAAAUGUGCAGGUCAUACUGGAUGGCUUUGCUGCAAUGGGGUUCCCUAACUGUGGUGGGACAAUAGACGGAACACAUAUCUGUAUCGUGGCACCGGCCCACCUUGUCAACCAGUAUAUAAACUGCAAGGGGUACUUCUCAAUGGUGCUGCAAGCACUGGUGGACCACAAGGGACGUUUCAGUGAUAUCAACGUGGGAUUGCCAGGAAAAGUGCAUGAAACUCACAUCUUUAGGAACUCAGGACUCUUCAAGCAGUUACAAGAAGGGACUUACCUCCCAGUAUGGAGGUUCCUUUUGUUAUAGAUCAAGUAGGAAUGAGAAGACCUAUUCUAACUAUAGGAAAUGCUGUAAUAAUCUUAGAUAAAACCAUGUGGGUGAAUGUUGACAUUUUAAAAGGCACCCUUGCUAAGUAAGAAUUAUUUUAAUUUUACUUGUGGAGAAAUCUGAGGCAGAGAAGUUAAAUGAUUUGCCCAUGGCCAUCGAGGGAGAAAGCUUGGGAAUUCCUUCCUCCCAGUCAAAUGCUUAAGACUGGACCACAGUUCUUUCUCAAUAUGGUGAUAUCCUGUCUUGUUAUAAUAAUCAGAGCACCAAAAUAUCAUGAAUAUUACUAUAAUAUUACUAUAAUUGUUUAAAAGUUUAAAAGUGGAACAAUCUUUCUUCACCUAGUGUGUGACAUAUCUUGUAUUUUGUAGGAUGCUUUAAAAACAGUGAAAUUACAAAUACAAUCCUUUUUUCUCCUGUACAUUGACAAUGUUCAAAUAAAAUGUAUAAUACAUAAGAGAAAUCUAGAAUGUAUGACAGAGAAAUGAAUUUAAAUAUGAAAUGACUUUUAUAAAAAUUUUGUAAAUGAAAAGAAAGCUUUAUAAAUUAUUUUAAACAUUGUUUUAGGCUGAGCCACUAAUGCAAGGGAAUAUUUAAGAGUUUCAUAGCACUUAAUUUACCUCAAAAUCAGAUUAUAACACAAGACUUUUUUGUAUUAAAUUUAAAUAUGUAACGAUUAUAUUUGUAGUUCUUUAAUAAUAUUUUAAAGAACAUUUUUAGGUUAGAAAAAAAUAUCCACCCCAAAUUGAAUAUCCUGUAAAGCAUAGGUAAAGUUAUCCAAGUUAUAUACUUAAAUCCAUAUUGUCAAUGGGAGCAGAGAGGGCUCAGCACCUCUGAAAACCAGGCUAAUUUGUUAUGUGCCUCAAUAUCAAUUUAGAUGACUAACUUUUGGGCAGGUACAUUGGAAAAUGAUCACAUACUCUGUACGGUAAGCGGUAGUGUAACAUUCUUAUAAUAUCAUACUUACCAUGACUUCUUUAUCCCCACGUCACUGUAGUUCUCGCUAAUAUACCGUACAAUAGCUCUUCUCUGAUUUGUCUUUGUAUUGUGAAAUGACUAUGGUUGUGUACACAAUUUAUAUUUGGUUGGA